CUCUGGAUUGAUGCGACGUGUAUCGACCAGACCAACGUCAAGGGAAAAGGUCAACAAGUCCAACAGGUGGGUUUAACGUACGCAGGUGCUGAUAUAGGAUUCAUUUGGUUGUCCUUAGAUGAUCACGACGAGUCGGCACUCCGGCAACUCAACUGGAUGUUACCAAUAAGAGCCAAUCCAACUGUUUCAACUAUAUAUCUCACAGAUUUAUUGUCGCAGGUCACUGAGUCAGAAUAUUGGUCAAGAGCAUGGAUCGCGCAAGAAGUGGUCCUGGCAAGAUCGCCAGUCAUAUACGUC